AAAAAAACAGACAUAAAAAUGAUAUUUUCAUUGAAUGAGAUAGUUCAUUGGCUUGGAUUAACAAUAUUUGAAAUAUGGAUAAAUUUAGUAUCCUUAACAAUAUUCACAGUACUAUUAGCCCUGAAAUUAGAUGAACAUUAUUUCCUCGGCUAUUCAGGAUGGUGGACGGUAUUUUCGCCACUGUUUGCAGCAGAUGGCUUGAAUACAUAUUUUUGCGCAAUAAUAUUCAUAAGAAUGCACAUGGAGGGAAUGAUUAAAACAGGAAUACUACGCGCAUUGUGGAGCUUAGUUUCACUAUUGUUAAUUUUCGUAUUUAAAUAUUUACUAUGUAAAAAAUUAUCCGGUCAAAGUAAUCUCGAAUACUCGGAAGUAUUGAGCCCGGUAUUUAUUCUGCUUCAAUUGGUCGCAGUAAGGGCUUGUCAACUUCAUUGACCAACGUAUCGUAGUCAAGAAAAUAUUCAGGCAUCGAUUGUCGUAUUUUCUUGCGGUCCAUCAGCCACUUAUUUUGACGUCGAGUUCAGAUAACACACGAUUCACCAUACAUUUUAAAUAUCUGUAACAAUAAUAAUAUAAUAUUAAUAUUACUUGUACAAAUACUUAAAAUUAACUAAGGUAAAAGACCCCAUUAGUGGCACCU